AUGGCAAUUCUCGAUAUCACCAAGGACCUGCCCACACUCUUUAAGCAGCAGGUCCAAGCCACCCCUAAUGCCGUGGCCCUAGAACAUGACUCCGCCUCCUAUACAUAUGCUGAGUUGGAUCAGGAGGUGGAGGCCCUAGCCAGCCGGCUCCGGGCCUAUGGGGUGAGCCGGGACACCCUCGUGGGCGUCCUGCUGCCUCGGAGUGCACACUACGUGAUUGCCUGUUUGGCAGCGCUCCGUGCAGGUGGUGCCUUUCUUGUCCUCGAGCUGGCCUACCCAGCAGACCUCUUGGCGGAUGUGAUCGACGAUGCCAAUCCCGCCGUCAUCAUCACCCACAAGUCCGAGGCCGAGAAGAUCAAAGCACCAGUGCCAUUGAUCAAUUUGGAUGACCCCGUGGCCGAGAUCAAUGGCCAUGCCAAGGAACCCUCCCCAUUGCCCGCAAAUGACGAUCUGGACCGGUUAGCGUUUGUCUCUUACUCGUCAGGAACCACAGGAAAGCCCAAGGGCAUCGCCAACCCCCACCGGGCCCCAGUUUUGUCUUACGAUCUCAGAUUCGCCGUGCAGGAUGUCCAACCGGGGGAUCGGGUGGCUUGUAAUGUCUUCUUCAUCUGGGAGAUGCUGCGGCCGCUCUUGCGCGGAGCUACCGUGGUCAUCGUACCCGAUGAGACGAGUUACGAUCCCGCCGCCCUCGUGGACCUGCUCGCCGCGAAGAAGGUCACCGAGACCCUCAUGACUCCCACCCUCUUAGCCACCGUCCUCUCCCGUUAUCCCCGCUUUGGCACCCGUGUCCCCGACCUGCGAAUCGUUUGGUUGAACGGCGAAGUCGUCACAACCGAGCUGGCCCUCAAGGCCAGUAAGAUCCUCCCCAACACUCGCUUGCUCAACUGCUACAGUGCGUGCGAAACACAUGAAAUCGCCUGUGGCGAUAUCCGCGAUAUGACCGAUAGCGAAUCUCUAUACUGCCCCGUUGGGCCACCCCUCGAUCCUGCCCACACUUAUGUCUUGAAUGAGAGUGGACAGGAGGUGGAGGCUGGGACUUCGGGCGAACUCUUCAUUGGUGGUCCUCUGCUGGCCAGGGAAUACAUCAACCUUCCAGAAACCACCGCCAAGGCCUUCACCCCCGACCCAUUCGAUUCUACCCCCGGGGCUCGCAUGUACAGGACUGGUGAUUUGGCUCGCAAACUGCCAUCGGGACUGCUCGAGAUCACCGGUCGUGUCGGCGCCAUGAUCAAGCUCCGUGGUUAUUCCGUCGUGCCAGCUAAGGUUGAGAGCGAUAUUUGCCAGUACCUGGCUGUCAGCCAAUGUGCAGUCACUGCGUACGGUGACGGUUUGGACCGUCAGUUGGUUGCGUACAUUGUUCCCGAUAAGGAGGCUUCCUCUGAACGCCCCGCUGUCGCAAUCAAUGAGUCUGGUCACAGCCCUUCUGCACGCCGGGCUCUCGAGAACAGACUUGCCCAAUACAUGAUCCCGGCCCUCUGGGUCGCUUUGGAAGAGAUCCCUACCAAUUCAGUCUCUGGAAAGGUUGACAUGAAGAGCCUUCCUUCGCCUCGCAGCUCCAGUCCCAAUGGCAGUGAGCAGAGUGCAGGCAAGGACCCGAUUGGUAUCAGUGAUAUCGCUGCUAUCUGGGAGGCUGUUUUGAAAGUCUCAAAGAACUUGCUGAAGCCCGAGGACAACUUCUUUGAUCUGGGUGGCCACUCCCUGUCUCUUGCCGACUUGUCCUCGAAGCUUUCUAGACGUUUUGGUUUCCGUGUUCCUAUCCCCCGCCUCGCGGAGAACACCACUCUCACCGGUCACCUAGAGACCGUCCGUGCUGUCAGAGAUGGACACACCGAAGAGGUCCAGGCCAACCUGCCUGCAGUCUUGCUUUCCGAUGCCACCCUGGACGAGGAUAUCAAGCCUACCAACACUGCGAUUACACCCAUCACCUCAGCUGACACCGUGCUUUUGACCGGUGUCACCGGUUUCUUGGGUGCUUUCUUGUUGAAUGACUUGAUCGAGAAUACCUCGGCCAAGAUCAUCUGCUUGGUUCGUUUCAGUGACCCUGAGCAGGAUGACCAAGCCGGAGGUGUGGCCCGAAUCCGCCGAAACCUCCUCGACAUGGGACUCUGGCGCGAUUCAAUCCUUGAGCGUGUCGAAGUUCUUCCUGGCAACCUUUCCCGCCCUCGACUGGGCCUGGGUCCCGAAGAGUUCGAUGAUGUCGCGUCCCGCGUUCAGGUCAUCGUGCACGCUGCCGCCACCGUCAACCUGGUGUACCCCUAUGCUGCACUGCGCGGCGCCAACGUCGGGGGAACUAGAGAGAUCCUCCGCUUGGCCGCUAAGGGUGGUGCGACCGUGCAAUAUGUUUCUACGAACGGUGUUCUGCCACCAUCAGGCGAAAACGGCUGGCCCGAGACGACCGUUCUGGAUGUCCAAGAUGUUCCCACAAAAUUGCUCGAUGGAUACGGCCAGACAAAGUGGGUUGCAGAGCAGCUUGUUCUGAAGGCUGGCGAGCGUGGAUUGCCGGUCAAGAUUCAUCGCUGCGGUACUAUCAGUGGUCACAGUGUUACAGGUUCUGCCAACGCAUGGGAUCUCCUCACUGCUUUGAUCGUCGAAUCUAUUCAGAUUGGGUACGCCCCCGAUGUGGAUGGAUGGCGCGCAGAGAUGACCCCUGUCAACUUCGUCAGCAAAGCAGUCGUUCACCUUGCUGCCCAAACCCAGGCAGAUCAAACCGUGUUCCAUCUCGGUGACCCUAAGCCCGUUGAUACUCGCUCAGUCUUCGAAGACCUGAAGGGUCUUGGCUACGAAACCAAGCCCCUUCCAUGGGACGAGUGGGUCGCCUUGUGGUUCGAGAAGCGCGGUUCUGCAAAGGGUGGAGACGGUUCAUUCACCGUCGACAUCCUUCGCAGCGGUAUGCCUACCGUGGAGUUCCUUCGCGACAUUGUGGUUCUCGAUAAUGCCCUGACUCGACCCUUCCGCGCCGUGAUCGAACGACCCAAGGUGGACAGUCUGCUGUUGGAAACUUACACUCGGCACUGGUUUGCUCGAGGAUGGCUUCCACGACCUCCUUCCCGUCAACAGGCUCUGAAUCGUCCUGCUGAACCCGUCAAGGGCCCGCUCAGUGGCCAAGUUGCCGUUGUCACCGGUGCCUCUUCUGGCAUUGGUGCAGCGGUAGCAACCGCCCUGGCUAAGCAGGGCUGUGCCGUUGCCCUUGCCGCUCGUCGACUAGAUGCCCUAGAGGGCACCAAGCGCAAGGUCGAGGCCCACGGUGUGAAAUGCAUCUUACGAUCCACCGACGUCACGAGCAGGACUCAGGUCGAGGAUCUUGUCAAGGCUGCCAGCGAGGAACUGGGCCCAGUGGACAUCUUGGUUGCCUGCGCCGGUGUCAUGUACUUCACCAUGAUGGCCAACACCCAGAUGGACGAGUGGGAACGCACAGUCGAUGUUAACUGCAAGGGUCUCCUUCACGCCCUCUCUUCCACAGUCCCCGGUAUGCUUUCCCGCGGCCGCGGUCACGUCGUCGCCAUCUCCUCCGACGCCGGUCGCAAAGUAUUCCCAGGUCUGGGCGUUUACUCUGCCAGCAAGUUCUUCGUUGAGGCCACUCUCCAAGCGCUCCGUCUCGAGACUGCGGGUGCCGGACUCCGCGUGACGAGUAUUCAGCCUGGAAACACCUCCACAGACCUCCUGGGUAUGUCGACUGAUGCUGAAGCCGUCAAGAAGUUCGGAGAACCCUCCGGAGCAAAGAUUCUUGACCCAUCGGAUGUUGCAAACUCCAUUGUUUAUGCCCUCACUCAGCCGGAAUACGUUUCCGUUAACGAGAUUCUGGUUGAGCCCCGUGACGAGCCGAUUUAA